GGAUAAGACUGGAUAUAUGUGAAGAUCAACGCUUUACCUUGCUGCUGCUGCUGCUGCUGAACAUUGCGGGAACAUUUUGGUCACUGCUUCAAAAAGAAUUCAUUGCAGAUCUUCAACGUGGAUCCACUGCACCAAUCAGGUUUUUAUGGUAUGGGAUAUGGACCAGACUGCAGCUCCAAAAUGAGAAGUCUGUUGGUCGGUGUUGUUUUCAUGACUUUAACCUGCCAUUUGAGCCUCUCACAGUCCGCUACAGGGACUCCUAAAGAGUCAGAGCUCAAUGAUAACAUCACAGUGUUCACACGGAUCCUGGAUGGAUUGCUGGAUGGCUAUGAUAACAGACUGCGACCUGGGCUGGGAGAGAAAGUGACAGAAAUUAAGACCAACAUCUUUGUCACCAGCUUUGGUCCAGUGUCAGAUACUGAGAUGGAGUAUACCAUUGAUGUGUUUUUCCGUCAAAGCUGGAAAGAUGAGCGUUUGCGUUUUAAGGGGCCAAUGGAGAUGCUACCUUUGAAUAACCUGCUGGCCAGCAACAUCUGGACCCCUGAUACUUUUUUCCUUAAUGGCAAAAAAUCCAUCGCUCACAACAUGACCACACCAAACAAGCUACUGAGACUGAAGGAUGAUGGGACAUUGCUGUACACCAUGAGAUUGACUAUAUCAGCAGAGUGUCCCAUGCAGUUGGAAGAUUUUCCUAUGGAUGCUCACGCAUGCCCCCUCAAAUUUGGCAGCUAUGCCUACCCUAUCUCUGAAGUGGUGUAUAAGUGGACUCAAGGCCCAGCCAAGUCUGUGGUUGUGGCAGAGGAGGGGUCACGCCUCAACCAGUACCAUCUGAUUGGCCAGACGGCUGGUACAGAAGACAUCAAUACAAGUAGAGGUCAAUACACAGUCAUGAUGGCCCAUUUCUACCUGAAGAGGAAGAUUGGUUACUUUGUGAUUCAGACAUACAUGCCCUGCUUUAUGACUGUUAUCCUGUCCCAAGUCUCUUUCUGGCUGAACCGUGAAUCUGUCCCUGCCAGGACGGUCUUCGGUGUGACCACAGUGUUGACCAUGACUACGCUCAGCAUCAGCGCCCGCAACUCUUUACCCAAAGUGGCAUAUGCCACUGCCAUGGACUGGUUCAUCGCAGUUUGCUAUGCCUUUGUGUUCUCAGCACUCAUUGAGUUUGCUACCGUCAACUACUUUACAAAACGCAGCUGGGCAUGGGAUGGAAAGAAGGCCUUGGAAGCCCAGCAGCCCAAAAAAAAAGACCCAUUGGCACUCUCCAAGAAGCCAAACAAUGCCUGUUCAUCUGGAGUGAACUUCACCCCUAACAUCACAAAGGAUGCAGGUAUCUCCACCAUCUCCAACAGCUCUGCUGUUCAGUUAAAGAGUGCUGAGAUCAAGCCUGCAAUGGAUCCCAAAAAGACCUACAACAGUGUCAGCAAAAUUGACAAGAUGUCCCGGAUAGUGUUCCCUGUCCUUUUUGGGACUUUCAACCUGGUUUACUGGGCCACAUACCUCAACAGGGAACCAGUGAUUAAAGGAGCUGUUUAGCCCAAAUUAAAUGGUUGUCCCCACAACGCAGAUCCCUUUGCAUCCUCUUUUUCUUCAUCACUUCAAUAUUAAAUGACAAACUGGCCCAGCAAAAACAAUGCCAAACACUUAUUUACUGCACCUCUCACAUCACUACUUUAUGAAGGGAGAACAUCUGUCGAAUUUCCAUUCUGAAAUCAUAAAUUGCAUGAUUGAUUCCAAGCUCUUUGGAAAUAUUGUUGCCAAACAUGCCUUGACUUUCUACUUUAUAUUCCUCUAUACAAGGAUUUCUUUGGUUACUUAUCGCAUUCAUCUUACAAUGACAUGAGCUCCACACAGGCUGCCAUUUCAUUAAUGAAAAAGUUUCCAAAGGACCUGUGCAAAAAAGAAUGCAUUUGGCAUCAACAUGUAUCACCGAAUCAAAAAAAGUACAGCAAGGCCAAAUGCUAUGCAAAAACACAGUUUUUCUACUGUAUUAUAAUCAGUAAUUGCUUAUAAUGAAACCCUUGCUUUAUAUGAAUGAACUAAGUUUUGUAGCUUUCCAUCAGUAGGGUUUUUUUAGGUACACAGAUAGCUAUGCUAAAUCUGUUGCCUUCAGAGGAAAACUUCAUAUUGUGUCCACUGGAAUGUCCUGCAAUUACUUCUUUAUAAGACAAGUUUGAUUUUUCUUUCAUUUGCAGUUUUUUCUGGGCUUUUUUGAACUAGCUAAAUAGCGUUGUGCACCCUAUAGGCAGCUUUUCACACUUUAUUCUGCAAAGUGAACAAGGUCAGGUUGCAGCUAAGACUUUCAAAUAAUUUGUAUAUAGCUUGUGGAUGCUUUGCUUUAAUGUAGAUGCAGCUUAACAUUAGCAAGAAAGAGCUGAAAAUGGUUCUGCUACGCUAUUCUAAUGUGCAGUCAAAGCAACAUGAAUGUGAGCUAGCUCGCUGGUGGUGAAAACGCAGACUGUCUUGUCAAAUAUAGGCUUUGAUAGAAUAUUGUGUUUCUUUACAGUUAAUCAUUUUAACACAUGGAUUUUCAUGCUGUUUAGGCAACACACUUUCUUACUUUUCUCUGUGCUGUGUUUUGGUCUGUGGUUUUUGAUUACCUGGAUCAAAAUGAGAAGAGCAAAAGCCUUAAAUUUUGACACCUUGCAGAAACAUAAGGGAAUUUUUCAAAGUAAAAAUAUCAGGUUUAAAAGGUCUGAAAAACAAUAUGAAAGAAAAACUUACGCAUAGAAUAAAUGCACAUGGUUAAAAUAAAUGCACCAUUAUUCGAUACUAAAAAUGUCAAGAGAGAAAGAUAUAUAUAUAUAUAUAUGUUCAUAGUGUUCAUAGAAAAGAACAGUGACCUUAUAAUUGCAAAAGAGCAACUCAAAAAUGCUCUGUUGUUAUCCUGUAAUUAUUCUAUUCUGAACUUGUUACAUGAAAGUGAGAUGGCAUAAAGAACUAUAUAACCCCAUGGAUGCUGUGUAGGUCAUUAAGAGGCAAACUACAAGAGCCAUAAGCCUUGCUCAUUUGUGCUGUACUCAGGCCUGCAAGAGACAGAAUUUCAAGCAAACUAACUGAAACUGAGAUAUUUGAAAGAAGCAUGAGAGUGAGUAAUGUGCCCUUUUACUACAAUGGAUUAUUCCAGAAAUGUACAGCUGUUCCUCAAAGCAUACAUGUAUGUUUUAAGUAAUAAAUUCAU